AUGCUGUCGAUUACUCUGGAGCUGCUGGAUAAGUGGGGCCGGUAUUAUGAGACUUCAGGAAGCCUUAAUGGGAUGAAGAUCGUGGAAGCCUGGAAGGAACUGACCAAAGAGAACGUUCGCUUCCCCCAAGGUCCUGCGGAAUAUGCUUUCCUAACGAAGCCUUCAGCCAGCCGAGACGCGGGAGCUUUCGGUUUCGGAGGAAGCGAGGCGCCUGCUGUUGCGCCUGCUGCGGCCACGGAGGAGCUCUCCGAGGCGACGCUGCAAAGUUUGGCCACGGAGGUGCAGAGCGCGAUCGCCCAACACGGGCUCGGCUCCACAGAGGUGGCGGAAGCAAAAGCACAUUACGAGUCAACACUCGCCCAAUGGCAACAUGCAGCAGCAGAAGCUGUGGAGAAAGGGGACAUGGCAGCCUAUGAGCGCCUCUCUGAAGUUGCAGUUCGAUAUGCUGAGCUGGGAAACAGGAUUGAUUCAUCUCCAUCGGUUUCAACGGAAUUUUCACGGACUUUUUCCGGGGUUUCCCCAUCACCACCCGACUCAGACACGAUGCAGGAGAGCCACGCAAGUUCACACAAGAAGCACCGGCGACGCAAAAAGGAUGCCCAGAUCGAGGGGUCAGAGCCUCAGCCCGAGGCGGCCAUGACUCCGAGCUUUGGGCAGCCCAGCUGGGCUGAUGCGGAUGAGGCUGUGGCCGCCUAUCGUUCUGGCGAGUUCGGCGGAAGCUUUGGUCUGAGCUCUACGGCUUUUCCGUCAACUCCCGGGGACGCUGUCAGCGACCCCUUUGCUACGACCAUGACUGCUGAUGGUUUCGGCGGUUUCGGUGAGCAGGCUGGAGGAUUUGCUUCGGACUACAGCUUCAACAGUGCUGGCUUUGAGGUGCCAGAAUCCAAGCCCUCUCAGCCAUCCAUUGACUCUGACCUCCAGUUUGCUCGAGCUGCUGGUACAGGGGACCCAACCGGCCCAACCUUCAGCGGCUCUGCCAGCGCCAUGAUGGCUAUGGCUGGUAUGGCUGGGGGCUCUGGAGGUGAGAGGUCACACUCAGCUGAUGCCGAGCAGAGCUUGGAGAAUGUUGAUGCUGUGAUGGCCAGUGGGAGCCAGGCUGAAGAGGAAGACUCCUUGCGCCAACAGUGCGAAAGGUUGCAAGCAGAGGUGGACGAGCUCAAGAGCCAGUUGCGAAGCAGUGCUAGCUCCAAGGAGCUGAAGGCCGCUCAAAAACGCAUCAACGAGCUGGAGCAGGAGGGCCAGGGCAACAAGGACUUGACAAUUGUAGCUCUGCGGGAGACCAACAUGCAGAUCCAGGCUGAACUAGACCGGCGUUGCCUUGACUUGGCCGCCGCAAGGCGCCGGGCAUCUGAGGCUGAGAAGCGCCUGGCAGAGAAGGAAGAGGUCUUCUCUGACACCUGCCAGCGUCUCGUGGAAGCACAGCAGCGUGUAGCCGAGCUGGAGGAAAAACUCGUGCAUGAGAACCAGGUGCAGAAGUCGCUUCAGGACCGCUUGAAGGGUGCACAAGCUCAGCAGACAGUGGCAGAAGUCGAGCUGAGGCUGAUGGGCAAGCAAGACAUGCGCUUUCUUCUGCCACCGGGCUGGAGGCUGACCCGCGAAGGAGAAGCGUUCCCUACGGUGGCGGCGCACCUCCUGGAGCUCUGCAAGCUCUUGGAGCUCUGCCCGAGCCAACCCGGUCCUUGGCCGUGCAUCAGGCGGACGAGUUGGCUUCCACGAUCUCAGACAAGGCACCUGGCAGGUCUGACGCCUCCAGGCUCGCUGAAGCGAGGCCAGGGCUUUUCUGACUCAGCUGAGUGCUGCUUCGUACGCUGCCAUGCGCUUCUCAGGGAGCCGCAGAAGGCAGCAGCUCUGCCGAGGAGCACCGCGGAGGUUCGGCGAGUCGGGAACGAGCUCGCGUUGAGAACGAGUUCCCACUUCCGCGAGUUACUGGUGAAGGCCCAGGGCACCCUGUACGAAGAUCAGCAGGCUCAGGGCAUAGGUUGUGUGAAUGAUAUCCUUCUCUACAGACUGCUGGCCCAGGAUGUGAAGCUCCAGCCCGCAGCUGAUGCACAUAGUGUGGCAAGCCGCUUUGACUUGCAAUUGCAGGUGACAGGCCAGGGAAGGGGCCACUCCUCAAUGCUCUGGCCGCAGCACCAGCUGCGCUUUCAAGGCAAGCUGGAGGUGUUUGGUGUGGUGGAUUCAUCGGAUGGGGGCCCUCAGGUUGAUCUUUCGUAUCUUCUGCCGGACAACCAAUCCCUCAGGGCUCGCUUGCGGGUGCCCUUGGGCGCCACGCGGCUGAUGGCCCCAUCGCCUCCGAAGCCUUUGGCCCCGGUGAGGGCACUGCAGCUCUGGGAUGCCCCAGAGUUCGAACAUACAGAAGUUGCGUGCGUCUGCCAACUGCGGCCAUCUCUUGCGGGCCGCGUGGGAGCUUUCGCUGUGUGGCAGGCCCUGGAGUUGGGCGGUGCUCUGAAAUGUUUGCCAGGUGCAGGGGGCUUCCGGGGCGCCUUGUUUGGGGGCUGCUACCCGGCUGGAGAGCCAGUGGACGUGCUGAUGCGGGCUGAGCUGGGGCCAAUACCUGGAGAUGAAGCGAUGUCAGCGCGGUCAGCCAAAGAGGAGCUGUGCCGAAUUGCUGUGCGGUCGACAUCCCACCUUGUCAACAGGGGUGUGGCGCAGGCUGCCAUCGAUGUGCUAUGUGACCCAGUGGGGAGACCCUGA